AUGCCGUCGCAGAUUGACCGUGCACAUCUAUUCAACAUGGUACCAGUCUGCCCAAAGACAGAUCAAAUGAUGCCGGGGGCGACAGAAAAGGCGAUUUUCGAGGCUGAGAUUCAAAACCUCGUAUGUGCCCAGAUUUUGGCCAUUUCGAACCAAGAUCGGCUUUUUAUGUCGUUUGUGAUGCUUCAGCCUUCGUCAAAAGUUAACUUUAAAUCGUAG